GCAUCUCCGUUCGGCCAGGGCGAGCCCCCUACGUGGUGGGGCACAACUUAAUAAAGGCCCACGCAGAAGCCUGGCACCUUUACAACGAGACCUACCGGGCAAAACAAGGAGGAUUAAUCUCUAUCACCAUCAACUCUGACUGGGCAGAACCAAGGAACCCACACAACCAGGAGGACAUCGAUGCUGCCAGACAAUACUUGCAGUUUUUUCUAGGUUGGUUUGCUCAUCCCAUUUUCAAAAAUGGCGAUUAUAACGAAGUGAUGAAAACGAGGAUUCGGGAACGCAGUCUGGCUCAGGGCCUGAGCCAGUCCCGACUUCCAGAAUUUACUGAAAGUGAAAAGCAAAGAAUUAAAGGCACAUAUGACUACUUUGGUCUAAAUCAUUAUACUACCGUUUUAACAUACAAUGUAAAAUAUCCUGCUGGUGUUCUGUCGUAUGACUCUGACAGGGGUGUAGCUUCCGUGACCGACCGCAGCUGGCUGAAGUCUGGUUCCUUCUGGCUAAAGGUGACACCCUUUGGCUUCCGAAAGCUCCUGCGAUGGAUAAAGAACGAGUACAACAACCCUCCGAUUUACGUGACUGAAAACGGGAUCUCAGAAAGGGGAGCCUUAGGCUUCAACGACACUUGGCGAAUGCAUUACUAUCGGAGCUACAUUAACGAAGCACUGAAAGCCGUGGUGCUCGACGGCGUCGACUUACGAGGCUACACCGCGUGGACACUGAUGGACAACUUCGAGUGGGCAGUGGGCUUUGACGAAAGGUUUGGGCUCUAUCACGUGAAUUUCACAGACCCCAGCUUGCCGCGGCGCCCCAAGGCUUCUGCCAGGUAUUACUCGCAGAUCAUAAACUGCAACGGGUUUCCAGACCCAGCAAUGGGCCCGCAUCCCUGUCUGGCGCUGGAGCCGGAAGGGACAGUGACACCAACAGACACCACACCAGGACCGGCUGGCAGCGUCCGCUUUUUGGGAUUAGAUUUAACAGCAGAGAGCGCAGAAAUAGCACUGUACAUGCUUUUUGCUCUUUCUGCAGUUGGAGCACUGGGCUUGGCUCUUUUUGCCUAUAUGUAUGGAAAAUUAUCCAAAAGAUCCAGCAUUAUUGAUUUGAUUUCUUAA